AUGCUGCGGACCUUCUACGGCGACGCUGCGCUCUCGGCCGACUGGACAGGCGAGUACGAGGAAAAGUCGGCGCAGUGGUUCGAGCUCUUCCUUGACCUCAUCAUGGUCGCCGCCUGCUCCAACGUGGCUGAGGGCCUCAAGGACGACCUAAGUCUCCGUGGCGCGGCGGCGUUCGUGCUGCUCUGUCUCAUGUACGCCUCGUCGUGGCAUCUCUACACGCACUUCAACGCGCGCUUCUCCGAGUCGUCGCUCUUGCAUUAUGGCUUUCUGUAUGUGCUGCUCGUCGGGCUUGGCGGUAUGGUGCUCGCGAGCGAGCCCGGCCGCGGGUUCACGAUCGGCCUCGUCUGCAUCCGCGCCGCGCUCCUCUGCAUGAACCUCUCGGUGUUUUGGUCGCUGCCAAACGUGCGUGGAAAGGCAGGCGCUGACAUGAGCAUAAGCCUGCUCGCCAUGACGCUCUUCGCCUUUGCGCUGUAUGUCGACCACCCGACGGUGACGAUUGGCGUGUACCUCGCGUCGCUCUUCCUCGAGACGUUAGGAGGUGUCACACUCGUGCGCUUUGCCAAGCGACCUGAUAUGUACGUGGCCAUGAACAUCGACCACGUCGACGAUCGCGAAGGCUGUCUCGUCAUGGUGGCACUCGGCGAGUCGGUCGUGAGCACGGUCAUCAACAGCCGCGGCACGGACCUCCCAUCAGCCUACUACCCGCAACGCGAGAUGCAUGCGAUGCGGCGGUCGAUUACGACCGGGUUCACCUACUCGAUGCUGCACUACCUGCUCUUGCCGACGCUGCUGGCGAUCGGUGUUGGCACCAAGCUCGUCUCGGAGGCGGUGCGCCAUAACCAAGAGCUCGCGCCAACGUCGAUCUGGGUCUUGUUCGGGUCGAUUUCGCUGGCGCUUUGCAUCAUGCUUUUGGUGCGGCUCUUGCACUAUGGCGGGCGCCAGCCGGCACCGACCGAUCCGUUGCUUGUCCAGCGCAUCAAGUACGUGUGGUGGGGCGUCUGCGCGCUAUCGCCCAUCUGUCCGCCGGUCGUGGCCUAUAUUUUACAGGCCGUCGCUACUGACGGCGGCGUCGACCCGAUCACAGCACUGGCCUGCGCUGCCGCCAUCAUCCUCUCGUGGCUCGUGAGUGAGACCGCCGUCAUGCACAGCCUCCGCGCACUCGGGUAUGGCUACUCGGACGCCCUUCAUGAGACAACAACCCACGAGUCCCGCGCACCGCUGCUGGUUGUCAAGCACUAGAUCCACAAGAUUGGUAGUUUUAGUACAUUUGUGUCUGG